AUGUCGGCCGCUGCGGAGAUCGCGCCGCUGGCGAGGAGCGCACGAGGGAAGGGAGGAUGGUACACGAGCGAAGCGCAGCACGAGAUUUCCGAAGCGUCUAGGGAGAUAAGAGUGGCCCAACAGCAGCUGCGCGGGGCCUCAAAGAACAGCGACUUAGAGACGACCCUGAAGGCGAAGCUCAAGGCGGCGCGGAAGAAACGCAGCAGCGCGAGGUGGAGAGCACUGGAAAAGUUCUUCGAGGGCUAUGUGAGGCAGCUCGAGAAGAAGAGCCGUGAGGGGGACCAGGCGGGUUUCUACAGGCACCUGAAGAUGAUCGACGUCGAAGGUAAGAGGCCACUUACCUCCCAGAACAUCAAGGACGAGGACGGUAAGGUCCUUCGGGACCCCACGCUUACCCGCCAGCGGUGGGCGCGGUGGUUCCACAAGCUCCUUAACACCAAGUCGCCGACCAUCGACCUGCAUGCGACCGACAGAGUCAAGCAGUGGCCCACGUGCGUUCCGCUCGACGACAUCCCGUCUCUAUUCGAGGUUGAGGAGGCGGUGCGGGGAAUGGCCAACAGGAAGGCCGUCGGGCCGGACGACCUACCGGCUGAGCUGAUCAAGCUGUUCCUGGAUGGAGACCGAGGCUUCCUCCGCGAAUUCCACGCCAUCGUCGUGGACGUGUGGCAGACGGGGAACGUACCGCAGCAGUGGAAGGACGCCACCAUCAAGGUUCUGUUCAAGAAGGGGGACACGAUGGAGUGCGGCAACUACCGGGGCAUCUCUCUCGUUGCACACGCCGGCAAGGUGCUGCUUAAGGUCGUUGCAACACGCCUAAGCCACUACUGCGAGCGAGAGGGCAUCCUCCCGGAGGAGCAGAGCGGUUUCCGCCCACACCGGUCGACGCUCGACAUGCUGUUCGCGAUCCAGCGGCUCCAUGAGCUCGCGAGGAAGAAGAGUACUGCGGUCUUCGCGUGCUUCGUCGAUCUCACCAAGGCGUACGAUUCGGUGGACCGAGAUCUGCUGUGGGACGUGCUCGGACGCUUUGGCGUGCCCCCGAAGAUGCUGGCGGUCAUUCGCCACUUCCACGAGGGCAUGAGGGCGCGGGUUCGAACGGACGACGGGCAGUACUCGGAAUGGUUUGACGUCGGCCAAGGUCUCCGACAGGGGUGCAACCUGGCCCCGCUGCUGUUCAACUUGUUCUCUGCCGCGAUGCGCAUGGUCGCAGUGACCGAGUUCGACAAGGACCCCAAGGUGACGGCGGAUAUGAUCAAGAUCGCAACACGAGUGGAGUGCACGGGCAAGAGGGGCAGGUCGGCGGGGAAGAAGGCGAUGAUGGUGACGGUCGCAGAGGCCCUGUGGGACAUGCUCUACGCUGACGACGCGGCCAUCGUCUCGCUCACGCCGGAGAGCCUCGAAAAGAUGAUGUCCAUCAUCGUGCGCGUGGCCGGCCUGUUCGGACUGAUGGUGUCGGAGCCAAAGACGGAGAUCAUGUGCAUGCUGCCGAAAGGGAUCGAGGAACGCCCGUUCACGGUCAGCGCCGCCGGCCAGACGUACAAGCAGACAGAUCGGUUUGUGUACCUCGGACGUACCAUCUCCGCGGACGGGAAGGCCGACCGGGAGAUCACGAGCCGCAGCUGCCGAGCGUGGAAGUGCUACCGCCGGAACAGUGCUUCGAUGUACGACAGGCGACGGGCCGACCGCCAGCUCAAGAUCCGGCUUCUCCAGGCUGAAGUGGUGGAGACUCUCCUGUAUGGGUGCGCCUCGUGGAGCCUAACAGCGGAGCACUACACGAAGCUCAAUGGGACCCACCGCCAGUUCCUCACACGGUGCAUCGGCUGGAGCAAGCGGAAACGCUCAGACCGCCCCCUGUCCUAUGCCCAGGCCCUCAUCCAGGCAGGCUGCGAGGAAACCAUCGAGGCCACCGUGCGCAAACGGAGGCUGUGUUUUGCGGGCUUCGUUAUGCGCAUGGAGGACAACCGCCUCCCCAAGCGCAUGCUGCUGGGAGCGAUGGCGGGGGGUACCGGAUACCGGGGCGGGCAGGAGAGCGACUGGGUGUAUCGCCUAGGAGAGGACCUCGUGGCGUUUGGCAUGAAAGAGGAGAAGGAGGGGGGGAGAUGGAAAGAGAGCGCCAAGGACCAGGAGGCGUGGUACGACAAGAUCGAGGACGGGGCGGCAUGGUUCAUGAGGAAAUGGCACAGACAGGAGGCGGAAGCAUCCGCGAAGCGCCAGCGCCAGCGCGCGGAGGAAGCAGAGACGGAGAGUACGGCCGCCCCGGGCCCGAAGAGAAAGAGAAUCGGGGAAGCGGCGGGGGGGGGGAAGAAACGGCGACCGGACACUGCUGUAGAAGCGAGUAGGGCGGCCAAGGCCGCGCUUGCGGCGAACGACGUACCCAACUGAUGAUGUUGUCGCACCCUGUGUUCCCUUUUCCCUGCCGUAAGCUGUAUGCUCUUAGUAUUGCCUCCGGCCUCUCUUUGUGCUUUUCUUCUUUCUUUCUUUCUUGUUCUCCAUGCCCUCUCUACGAUGAUCUUGGACGAUACCUCGAGCUCCUUGUUAUUUUUGUUUUUUCCUUUGCUGGCUGCCUGCCACCUCUGCUGCCUCUUUGGUGCGGUGCCUACCCUACACUAAUGCGCUGGUGCAUACUGCACUGCUGUAGUACCUGGUACUGGUGUACGUUGUCCUUCGAUUUUUUAUUUUUUUUUUUUUGUGGAAAUAUAUAUGUGUUUGUUUUUCGCCCCCCGUCUUGCUGCACCCCCUGGGGUGUGGUGCAGGGCGGGGGAUGCCUGGUCGGCGGGAACCCGGCACGGAACCCUCCGGCGUUGUAGGCGGGUGUGGGAAGCGUUCCCCGUUCUCCUUUUAUUUUAUUUUGAUCGGUCUCCUCGACGCUCUUUCUCGUUUGGUGCGGUAGCUGGUCUUUCUUUCUAUCAUUUUGUUUCUCUUCCGAGUGGUUUUUGUACCCUAUUUUUUUCUGUUUCUUCGUGGGGUCGUGUAUGCCGGGUUUUGAGACCAC